CUCUUGAACACAACUUGUGACUUCCCAUUAUUCAUAAGCAAAAUGAGAAGGUUGUUAAUGAUGUUGGGACUAUGCGUCCUAGUGUUGUCCCUGUUUCCAGUUGCAUUAUCGGAGCGGUGCCACCCACAAGACAAGAAGGUGCUCCUCAGGUUCAAAAGGGAACUCAACAACCCUUACUUCCUAGCUUCUUGGGACCCAAAAGAGGACUGCUGUGACUGGUACUGUGUCAAGUGUGACGACAGAAAUAACCGUAUCUACACAAUAUUUCUAAGAUCCGAUGAGCCAGACCCCAAUGUCACCGGCCAAAUACCACCCUCUGUCGGUGACCUCCCUUACCUCCAGGGCCUCAGCUUCCACAACCUCCCCAACCUAGUCGGCCCAAUUCAGCCCACCAUCGCCAAACUCCACAAACUAACCGGUAUCUUUUUCUCCAAUACUGGUAUCUCAGGCCCAAUACCUGAAUUUCUGGCCCAGAUUAAGACCCUCCAGUAUAUCGAACUUUCCUCUAACAGACUCUCGGGCCCCAUUCCCAGCUCACUUUCCCAACUGCCUAAUCUCAUCUCUCUACAGCUGGACAGGAACAAAUUGACGGGCCGAAUCCCGGCCUCUUUUGGAUCCUUCAAGAAGCCCGGGCCAGAUCUCAUCCUCUCUCACAACCAACUUUCCGGGCCCAUUCCCGCUUCCUUGGGCAACCUAGACCCAGACAGGAUAGACUUGUCAAGGAACAACUUCGUAGGCGAUGCUUCAUUUCUUUUCGGGAGCAAGAAAAAGACUCGGGUACUUGACCUUUCCAGGAACGCCUUCUCCUUUGAUCUGUCUCGUUUGACGUUUCCCAAGGAAACCUUAACUUGGUUGGAUAUCAGUCACAAUAAUAUCUAUGGCAGCAUUCCAAUGGCGUUGACGAAAGUGCGAUAUUUCCAGCAAUUGAACUUCAGUUUUAAUCCUGGCUUGAAGGGUCAAAUACCGCAGGGUGGGGGAUUGCAAACAUUCGAUAAAUAUUCAUAUUUUCACACUAACUUGUGUGGCUCUCCACUUCCGCCCUGCACCAAAUAGAUUAACAGAUUACUUCCACUUUCAAUAACAUAAGUUUUCUGUUUUCCCACUAAGGGGUUCGUUCCAGUUUGAAUAAAAUAAGUUUGAGCUUUUCAGAA